AUGGGAAAGGAGGAAAACCUUCCGACAGAACUCAGGAAAACCGAGAAAGCUGCUCUAGGAGCCCACGCAUCCCCGCUACUAAUAAAAACCCGGAGCCUUCUGGCAGCCCGACGGCUAGCAGGCUCCACAGGUCCCUUUAAGGCACCCUACGCGUGGAAAAAGGGGAGCGCAGGGGGCGGGAGCAGGCUCUUUGCUAUUUUCGCCUUCGGGUCCUGCGGCUCUUACAGCGGGGAGACGGGAGCCAUGGUUCGCUGCAACAACGAAGCCAAGGAUGUGAGCUCCAUCAUUGUUUUGUUCGGCUAUCCCUUCAGGUUGCACCGGGUCCAGUAUGAGAUGCCUCUCUGUGACGAGGACUCCACCUCCAAAACCAUGCACCUCAUGGGAGACUUCUCUGCCCCCGCGGAGUUCUUUGUGACCCUUGGCAUCUUUUCCUUCUUCUAUACAAUGGCUGCCCUAGUCCUCUACCUGCGCUUCCACAACCUCUACACAGAGAACAAACGCUUCCCGUUGGUGGAUUUCUGUGUGACUGUCUCCUUCACCUUCUUCUGGCUGGUUGCUGCAGCUGCCUGGGGCAAGGGCUUGACUGAUGUCAAAGGAGCCACACGGCCAUCCAGCCUGACUGCAGCCAUGUCCGUGUGUCAUGGAGAGGAUGCAGUAUGCAGUGCCGGGGCCACACCCUCCAUGGGGCUAGCUAACCUCUCUGUGCUCUUCGGCUUUAUCAACUUCUUCCUGUGGGCUGGAAACUGUUGGUUUGUGUUCAAAGAGACACCGUGGCAUGGACAGGGCCAGGACCAGGGCCAGGGCCCCAGCCAGGAGAGUGCAGCAGAACAGGGAGCAGUGGAGAAGCAGUAAACAGCUGGCUACUCCCGAACUGGACAGCACCUCUUCAUCUCCUCCGGCUUCCACAGGACCCUCCUCUUCCAAUUCCCUUCCCCCAUCAUUCUGGGCUUUGAGAUUUGAAAUGAUGGAUGGGUAGGCAUCAGCUAUUGGUAACCUGGGCAGCCCUUUACUGGCUUCCUGAACCCUCACCCUGCUGGAGCUACAAAUGGCAGAACUUGGUACCUCCUGUCUACUGCCUGGACUCAGGCAUCUUACUGGGCUUUCAUUUGUGCCCUCAAAGAGUCUCUGCUUGCUGCAGAUGAGGCCAGGAAACUAGAGUCCUGAUACAGGUCUCUAAAAGUUGCCCUACAGUCUCAGUGCAGUGAGGGGAAGGGAAGUCAGUUGGCAGCCUUGCCCUGAUUCCUGUGUGGAGGGCCCAGCAGUGGUUUGAUGACAUCUCUCAAUGUCUAUCAUCUAGUCUCUGUGUCUUAUCUCUAGCCCUGCCAGAGCCCAAUGUGCUCCCUGAUCUCUCCUCUGACCUCUGUUUGUCCAUAGCUCCCACCGUGUGUGAAACAGGGAGACCCAUUACCCUAUCUAAGGGCCCUCUAAGGGUCCAUGUGAGGCCUGGACUCAGUGGGAGCAGAUAGAGUUGCCAUUGCACUGCAACUUCAAGGAAGAAAGUCAGGAAAGUUGCUGGCAGAAUACAUUUUCUGUCCCCUCAGUUCUCCCUGUCCCUCACCUGGAACACUUUCAAUAGCUCCCUAAAUGCUACUUACUCGUGAAACUCCUAACUUUCUUCUCCUCUGUGGACUUGGUUUUGUCUCACACUUAGGAAACAAGAUGAGAAGCCUAGGGAUAUUUCCACUUCAUUCU